AAUUAAUACUAAUAAAAUGGACCUUUUAAAAGACCCUGCAAAUGAUAGACAUGUAAAAACCUUAUAGGCACCUCCUCAUAGACCAUUGAUAAAGAGCCUUAUGUUUCCAGAUAAACUGAAAAGUAUAUAAAAAUUAGGAUAUGUAAAGACAAGCCAGAUUGGAAAUUACUAAAAGAUCAUUUAUAAAAGGAAGGAAGAGUAUCAAAGGAAGACCUUUUCAAAUUGGUUGGAGAUUGCAAUAAAUUAUUAAGUAUAACUAUUAUUGAUAGUUUAGAGAACGAAGGGAAUGUAAUAUAUUUGCAAGAUCCACUCACAGUAGUUGGAGAUAUUCAUGGGUAAGAUUAAAAAGAUUAUUAGAUAAUAUUAUGAUUUAUUAAAAUUAAUAGAGGCAAAAGUUGGUGGGAAUCCUGAGACAACUAAGUACAUAAAAGCAUUUAGAUUAGAUAUUUGUUUCUUGGAGACUUUGUUGAUAGAGGAUCUUAUUCAAUAGAAGUGUUAAUAUUACUAUAUUCAAUAAAACUUAAUUAUCCUAAUACUGUAUAUUUUUUAAGAGGAAAUCAUGAAUGCAGAUAGCUGACAGCAUUCUUUAAUUUUAAAGAUGAAUGUACUUAUAAUGAUUUAACAAAAAGGUCUUUAUAAAUAUGAUUAAGAGACUUAUGAUAUGUUAAUGGAUUCGUUUGAUUUAUUUCCUUUAGCAUGCAUAAUUAAUUCAAAAUUUAUAGCAAUUCAUGGAGGAAUAUCUCCUGAUUUAAAAUCUGUAUUUGCUAUGCUUCAUUUUAGUUAGAAGAUAUUAAGAAAUUAGAUCGUUAUCAUGAACCUCCUAGAAGUGGAUUAUUUUGUGAUUUAUUAUGGAGUGAUCCAGUAGAUUAAGAUUAAGGCAAUAUGGAUGGAUAAUGGAAAGGAAAUGAAGUAAGAGGAUGUAGUUGGUUUUUUGGAAAUGAAGCUGCUUCUAAAUUUUUAUAGAAAAACAAUCUGAUAUCUAUAAUUCGUGCACAUGAAGUAAUUUAUUAAUUAUAUAACAUAAGGCUUAAAUAGAUGGAUAUAAAAUGCAUCGAUGGCAUGGUGGAAAAGAUUUUCCUGUUGUAAUUACAAUUUUUAGUGCUCCAAAUUAUUGUGAUGUUUAUAAUAAUAAAGGAGCUGUAAUAAAAUUUGAAGUAACUUCACUUUUUUAUUAAUUACAAGAAUAAUACUCUCAAUAUCUAACAGUUUUAAUAUACACCUCAUCCUUAUCUAUUACCAAACUUUAUGGACAUUUUUACUUGGUCUAUUCCAUUUGUAGCCGAAAAAGUAACUGAAAUGCUUUACAACUUACUAUAAGUUGGUGAUCAAGUUGAUGAAGAAGAAGUUAAUGAAGAAGAUAUUAAAUAAUUUAAAGAAUUAACUUAGUAAAAUAAGUAAUUUGAAAAAUAAACUUCUACUGGAUCAAAUACUGCAAAAAGUAUUAAAUUUAUGUUGAUAUUAUAAGAUACAGAAAAAUUAAAAAAGAAAAUUAUAUUUGUAGCAAAUAUGAUUAAAAUGUAAAAGACUUUAAGAGAAUAAAGUGAAAGUAUCAUCUAACUUAAAGGAGCAUGUCCUGAUAAAAGAUUGCCUAGAGGUGUUUUAACUGCUGGUAAAUCAGCUAUAAUGGAUGGUAAUUAUAUAAUUCUUAUUUAAGCAUUGGCUGAUUUUAAUUUAGCAAGAAAAGCAGAUAUUGUAAAUGAGAAAAUGCCAACUGUGCCUUAAACAUAAUAAUAAUAAUCGAUUUCGAUUAAUAAAACAACUAACUCUACAAAAUCUAACACAAAGAAAAAAUGAG